CUCGAGGAGCCGGUAGCGCACUCCCCCCUCCAUGUAGACUGCCCGCGACCGCCCCGCUCUGCGCGGGCCAGGCCCGGCAGCAGGGCGGAUGAUGAAACCCCACUGGCUGCCCGCGGCCCUGCUGCUGGGCCGCCUGCCAUGCGCGUGGCCCCUCGGCGUGCCCAUCGCCCCCAGGCCCGCCUUCGGCGCGCCCCGGCGGCCUUUCGGUGGCGGCCUGCUGGGGACGGCGCCUGCCGUGGAGGGCGCAGAGUUCUCCGGCCUGGCCGGAGCCCGGCUGGCCGGCAUCGUGGGCGUGGAGGGCGCGCCGGCGCAGCUGCUGUCGCCAGCGCACCGGGCCGAGAUGUGGGCCGCCAUCUCGGGCGCACGCCGGUGGGAGCCCCACCUGCCCGCGGCGGGCGGUGAGCGGUGGGCUGACAGGAGAGGGCGCUCUUUUUUCCCCACAUCCUGAGUGGGGUUUUUGUUUUCCCAGAACAUCCUCUCCUUCUCCCUCCCGCCUCCCGAGCCCUUUCCGCCUGCCUCUGCCGCUCAUCCCCUCCUCUUGCCCCUCUUGUGCGCAGCGAUGUCGGCACCGCCCGCCAGCUGAGGCGCCUCUUCCCCCCGCCUCCUGUUUCUGUCUGUAGCCAUUUUGGCAAGCGCCCUGCUAUAGCCGAGGCGCUGCUGUCCCCCUUGCUGAGUCGGCGCCGCUUGCCUCGCGCCUGUCGCCCUCUCGCCGGCGGCCGGGUAUCGGCGCUAAUCAUCGGCCCCGCCGCCGCGUGUUUCAAUUUGGUGGGCGCGCCCCCCCCCCCUCCUACGAUGUGCCCGAACAUGGGGACAAUUUGUUAAUCGCGCGCUCUCCGUGUCUUUGAUAAUCACAAGCUGACGCUAUUUCCACUCAGGGGGGCAAGUCGGUCAGUGGGGCCAAGGCAGUGCCAGCGGGGAUUUGGGAUGGUGUAGACGGUUCUCAGGUUUCGAUGGACGUCGCCGUGCUGCAGCACCUGCCCGAGACCGCGCGGGCGCACGUCGUGCUGCUGCUGUUUUGGGUGCUGGUGUCCGUGGCCAUCUGCCUGGAGGUG